GUUGUAUGACAGCUGUUUGCUGUACACACAAAUUUUUGUUUACAAACAAAAAAAAAAAAAAGGAGAGGAAAGCUACACGAUGGAUUCACCGACGCCGUCGCAGCCCAAGCCGAAACGUUCGUUUAAGAGUCCUUUUGCGUUUCCAAGAAACUGCGUCUAUCGACCGCUCCGUCAAAUUCACAACACGGAGCGCAAUCAAAAAUUGCCAGCAGAUCAACCCACAUACUUCACGCUGAAUGCGCCGCCCUCGCUGCUGCCGGCCAAGAAAUACUCGGACAUCAGUGGCCUGCCCGCACCCUACGUCGAUCCGCACUCGAAGCUGCGCUACGCCAAUGCCGAGGAAUAUAGCAAUAUGCAGCACAUGCCCUCGGACAUCAUCAAUGGCUACUUAACCCUGCGAGGCUACACAAGUGCCGUUGGCUAGCAACAAGAGUCCCAGCUCUAAACAAGCAGCACGUCAACAAUAAUAAAAUAAGUUUAUUUUAGUGUUUACGAUUAAAUUAUGCUGUAAAAUGAA